UUUAUCAUUUUUUCCAUUCAAAACUGGAGAAAUCAACUUUGAGGCGACAUCUGGACCCUUUGGAGAGCAUUCCCCUGAUGUUUUGGGGAUCGCACAUGGCACCGGUUAACCUCACUUCCAUCAUCACCAAGUGCAUCCUGAAUAGACUGAGAAAUCCAUUCCGAAAAAUGAGUAUUUUCAUUCAGAGCUUCGAUCCAAUUACCGGAUGUGCAAUCUGGGAGGAAAAGGAUCCGGAUUACGAUUACCAUCAAGAAGUCGCUAGGUCAGCAUUUGCUGAUAUGCUCCACGAUCACGAGAGAAAUCAAAAAUACUACGACGCGCUAAAGAUCGCGAUCGAGAAAAAGCACAAUAUGGGUGAAAAAGCGCACGUCCUGGACAUAGGCACAGGCACAGGUCUGCUCUCGAUGAUGGCAGCAAGAUGUGGUGCAGAUUCGAUAACAGCCUGCGAGGCAUUCAAACCGAUGGCGAAGUGCGCCCUGGAAAUAAUAAAGCACAACGGUUUCGCCUCCCAGAUAAUUCUAAUAAAAAAACGUUCAACCGAGAUGACAGUGGGUGCCGACGGGGACAUGAAGCAUCGAGCCAAUAUCCUGGUGACAGAGGUCUUCGAUACUGAGCUGAUAGGUGAGGGUGCACUGCAGACGUUCAGGCACGCCCAGGAGCACCUCCUGGAGAAAGACAGCAUCGUCAUCCCAACGAGGGGAACAGUAUACGUACAGAUUGUGGAGAGUCACCUAGUGGACUCUUGGCAUAAACUCUUACCUCUGCGGGACCCAGAGACAUCGAAAAUCCUGUUGUCUCCACCAGGAGGUGUCCAGACAUGUCCAGGAUCACUCGCAGUUCACGAUCUCCAGCUGUCGCAGAUCCCAAGGGACUCCUUCACCAAAUUGUCACCUGUCCUACCUCUCUUUCACUUUGACUGGACUGGCAAGACUCCUCUCGUUUUCAACGAAACCAAGGAACUGGUGUUUAGGGCGAACUCCAGGGGAAGGCCCUCUGGAGUCUUUAUGUGGUGGAAUAUCGUCAUGGAUAUCAAUGAGGAGAUCUUACUCAGUUGUUCACCUGUGUGGGAGCAUCCAGACACCUUGGGAGGUGCAGAGGAAAUUCCCUGGAGAGACCACUGGAUGCAGGCGGUGUAUUACCUCCCAGGGGAAGUCGAGAUCGAGGAAAAUGAGGAGGUGAGGUUAAUUGGGUGCCACGACGAAUACUCCUUCUGGUUUAAACUGCUCCAGGGGGAGAGUAACGGAGUUCGGGAGGUGAAACCACCAGCUUGUGAGUGCUCAGUGCACCUGGCGUACCCCAGGUCGAGGUUGGGGCAAAUGAAUAACGAGAAGAGGAGUGAAAAAUACCUGAAGGUCAUGAAGAGGUGUAUAACACCACAGACGAGGUGUUUUUGCUUCUCUGAUGGCUCUCUCCUGGGUCUGGCUGCUGCCACCCUGGGAGCCAGGGAGGUGGUGAUUCUCGAGACCAAUCACCUGUCGAGAAGAGCCCUCGACGGCUUCGUGGAGGCUAAUGACCUCAGUGGAAGGGUCAGAAUCUUCCAGGAUAUCCAGCAGCUCCCCAAGGCAGUCAGGGGGGAUCUCGUUUUUGGAGAACCUUAUUACGUCAAUUCGAUAUUUCCCUGGGACAACCUGAGGUUUUGGUAUCUGGGUUCACACUGGGCUCCUGGGGUCAGGAUCCUCCCUGGAGGAGCCACCAUCAGAGGAGUCCCAGUAGAGUUCAAGGAUCUCCACAAGAUCAGGGCACCUCUCGGAGUCUGCGAAGGAUUUGAUCUGGGGAUUUUUGAUGAUCUGGUUAUGGCCGCCAGUGAAAUUAGUGAUAAUCCUGUGGAGGUUCAUCCCCUCUGGGAAUAUCCUGGAAAAGCCCUGAGUUCUCCAUUCGAUCUGGCACACUUCGAUUUUAAUGAACGAUUUGAUGAGAACCAUGAGCAGAAUUUCAGAGGAACUGUGCCUAUCGCUCAAUGUGGAUCGUGCAAUGGAAUAGCUCUUUGGAUAGACUGGCAUUUGGACCCUGAAACGACAGUUUCCACAGGUCCGACGACUGAAAUAACACCAGGUGAGAGAAUAUCCUGGGACGUAAACACACGACAGGCUGUUUUUCUCCUGAGGAAAAUCGAAGCCGUGACUAGUAGUCACGUCCUCACGUGGUCCCUCAAAUAUCAAUUAAAAAAAGACAGGAAUUUUGUGUUCAGUUUCACCCUGGAACCCCAGUGAAUUCUCAUCACGACAAGACAAAAAUAUAUUUAAGGACAAUGUACAUGAAUCGUCAGAUAAUUAAAGUAAUUUUCACGAA